AUGCAUGGGAAGGGAAAGGGGCCGAGAGACACGUACCAAUGGACCCAGUGCGUUCCUCCUCUCCCUCUUGAUCAACUCCGCUCCCACGGCUGCCCUCUCCCCACCGCUUUCACCAAGGUACGCCCUUUAAGGUCUCAGUGGGCUCUGCUGCCUCAGAGUGCGUUGGUCCACGUGCAUGGGAAAGGAAAGGGGUCGAGAGACACGUACCGGUGGACCCAGUGCGUUCCGCCCCUCCCUCUUGACCAGCUUCGCUCCCACGGCUGCCCUCUCCCUGCCGCCUUCACCAAGCCCUUAGAGUCCCAGCUUGUUGUGCCUCAAUCAAAGUGCGUCGGCCCAAGUGCAUGGGAAGGGCAAGGGGCCGAGAGACACGUAUCGCUGGACCCAGUGUGUUCCUCCUCUCCCUCUCGACCAACUCCGUUCCCACGGCUGCCCUCACCCUGCUGCCUUCACCAAGGCGCCUCAAAGGGCAUCUGGGGGCUGCGUGGCCUCUCAUCUGCCCUGGUUCUUGCUCUUCCCACAUUCCUUCUCCUGUUUCAGAUCCUCGAAAGUGGUCUGGCGCGGGACGAGGUGCAGUGGGCAUCUAGAGGGAUCCUUGAGUCUAGCCUGGCAUGGGACGAGGUGCACUGGGCGCCAGGGGGAGUGUGGGUGCGCCUGAUCCUCGAGUCCAGCCUGGCAUGGGACGAGGUGCACUGGGCGCCAGGGGGAGUGUGGGUGCGCCUGAUCCUCGAGUCCAGCCUAGCAUGGGACGAGGUGCAGUGGGCGCCAGGGGGGGUGUGGGUGAGGGGGCUGCACUACCCCGUCGUUAGGGCCCACUUCAUGCCCCGCAAAUCAUUCUCCUCGCAUUAG